AUAAUAAUUUAUUUCUAAAUUUAUGUAUCUAAAUUGAUGUAUAGGAAGUCUACAGUUUGCAUGUAUCAUGACAUUGUAAGUGCAAAAAAAUUCGUAUCUUUAUAGAAAGAUAAAAAAAUAUAAACAUGAGAAGAGAGCUCUACGUGGACAACAGAAAUAACAGUUACUUUUAUAGCAUUAACUUCCGAUUGUGUGUGAUUUUGCUGAUUUCAUCAGCGUAUUUUAUACAUGCUGAUUCUGCAUAUUUGAGAAAUAUUUUGACAUAAGAGUGCGGUAUCAAUUUAUAUUUGAUUGUGACUCUUUAAUUAAAAUAUCCAAAAAUAUUGAAAGUAUAAAGUGAAAAAAAUUCGGAAAUCGAAAGCGAUAUAAUGUAAUUCGGGUCGAGUUAUUUUUAAUAUAAAGAAACCAAGAAGAUUAAAAUGGAUAUACGUGAGAAUAUUAAAAAGGUAACAUCACUUGAUUACAUAGAUGAUAAUGCUGAAUUCUUUCGACUGUCAGGUUUAAGUCAAGCUGCAAAAGAUCGAAUGAUGAAUGAUAGAAAAGUGAAAACACCAAAAAAUAUACAUUUAUUGGAGGACUCUGAUGAUGAUAAAAACUAUGUUGAUGAUAAUUUUAUAAACAAUAAAGUUAAACCUACUUUUGAUAAACAUGCCAUUUCUGCUGCUAUUAAAGAGGUAAAUGGUGGUCGUGAUCUUUCAAAUAAAUAUUGGGAAAAAUAUUAUAUGAGACAGAUAGAGAAUAUAAUUAAUUCUGAGAAAAACAUAUCUGAGGAGACUUCUGAUCAUAACAAUAUAACAGUAUGUUCUGGAAAUCAAUCUGAAGACUUAGAUGAUAUAUAUAUUAAACAAAAACAUAAAUUAUCUAAAAAUGCUGCAAUAAUGAGUCUUCUAAAGAAAAAGCAAAUUUCUUUAGAAGAUAUAAUUAAUCCAUGCAAUAAAAUUUCUAUAGGGAAAGAAGAUAAAUUGGAAGUUUUACAUGAAAUGGUUAAUGGAAAUAUAAUGGGCAAUAAUGAAUAUAAUAAUGAUGGUCAAGUGAAAUUGGUUCCUCUUUAUGAGGAUCCUGAUGUUUUUGUUCACCCUUUACAAAUGGGAAUAGAUGAAAAAAAGCACAAAGAUGUAGAUUUUAACAUAUCCCGAAUUGGUAAGAAGAAAAAAAUAACACCGCAAGAACAUUUUCUUGAGGCAACUACUGAUGAUGAUUUUAAUUUUGUUAAAAAGGAAAAGAAUACAUAAUAUAUUGUGUUUAUUAUAAAACUUAAACAUAUAUAAAAUAAUGACAAUAGUCAUCUUCCUUUCAUCCAAUGAUUUAAUGUGUGAUUUGGACUGAUAAUAAACUAGGAUAUGUACAUU